GAUGCUUGAUGUUUUCAUUUUAUUAUUGAUUCAUAGUGGGGAAAUUACUUUGUUGAAAGGAAUUUAUUAUUAUUAUUAUUAUGAUAAAACCGCAAACAUAAUUACCGAUAAGACUCGAAAAAACGUCAUUCCGCAGCUCAUAAAUUACUUCUCACGUAUUUUAAAAUUUCAACAUGUACAAAGAUUAGUGGCCAGGUUCCAAUUUUAUAAUUCAAAAUUAUUAUUAGUGCUUUUUAAAGAAAGUAGUUUUUAGCUCCAGCAGCAACAAAUGAGAGUUUGAGUGCAAAUCAAUGCGUCAAAUUUCAUAGCCCAAAUCUAUUUUUUCUACAACUCAACAUGAGUAAUAAUUUCCAAAAUAAUAUCAGCGUCCCGUUCCAAAGAAGUCAGUCUGCUGAUUUUGCUUUUCAACAACCCAGACAAGGACUUAUGAUGUCACAUUCCAGCGGAACUUUGCCAAUUUUGUCUUCACCUGUAAGCUUCCAGAGAAGGACAUUGGAUGGGGCAAGGCAUAUAAGAGCUAGCUUUAAUAAUGCUAUCCGACAAAUUGAACCACUAGUUGAAACAGCCAGAUCUGUUAGGCAAAACGCUAUAACAAUAUCAGAAUUAUUAUCACGUCAGCCGUCUUCAGAGGGAAACAUUUCAGCUAACAAUCAGGAGAAUAAUCCUUCAACAUCAUUGAGUUAUAUUUCUAUUAAUUUGGAAGGCGCAUUAAACAAUGACCCACCAGCUCAAAAUGUUGUAAAUAACAAUCAAGAGGAACAUAAUCACAUCCAUGAAGAUGCUGCUUACGGUAACAAUGCUCCACCAAAUGAUAUUGAACUGGGAGAAAAUGUAGCAGAAAGAAUUGCUGCCAAUCCUAUUGAAACUCAGCAAGCAUUACAGGUCAUUUUCAAAUAUGUUCCGUUUCUUCUAAUUCUCCUUGCCAAAGCGAUAUAUGACUUCCAUGAAGGUAUUUUCAUCCUUGUCAUACUCUUUGGAACAUUUUCUCAUGCCAACACUACGGUUAAACAUGAGGCACUUAAAAGAGCCAGAAGGAGUAUAUGGAUUUUAAGCGUGGAACUAUGUUACAUUAUUGUGUGUAUUUUAUCCAUACAUUUUUUGUUUGAGGACGACUUACAUCACUUUAAUAUAGUUUUGAAUCUUGUGUUAAUCAGGACAUUUAAUCAUCCUUUAACCGUUUUAAAUCUUUUGUGGAUUGUGACUAUUACAGAUUUUACACUUAAACUUAUAACAGUAAAGAUCAAAAUAAUUCUGACAAUGUUGCCUGCUAAAAUAGUUGAGUUUAAAAAACGUGGUAAAAUCUAUUUGUUUAUUGAAGCCUUAUCACAACUCUAUAGAAGUAUAGCAACAAUCCAGCCAUGGCUAUACUACCUUUUGGAGUCUUAUCAGGGACCAGAAAAAAUUGUAGCCGUGUUCUUAUCAGCAUUUUAUAUGAUUUCUAAAGGUUCGGAUCUGAUGUUCAAAGUUAAAUUGCUAAAAACUGCAUUUUUCAAGUUGCUACAAACUGUGUCUCUUGGAUCUUCGCCUAGUAAAGAUCAAAUCCAAAUAGCAGGAGAUCAUUGUCCAAUAUGUCACGACAACUAUGACUCUCCAGUUUUACUGCAGUGUCGUCAUAUUUUCUGCGAAAGUUGCGUUUCAACCUGGUUCGAUCGGGAACAGACUUGUCCAUUGUGCAGAGCUAAAAUCGUAGACGAUCCUUCCUGGAGGGACGGAUCUACUUCGUAUUUCAUACAGUUGUUUUAAAAAAGAACGCAGGUGUUAUUUUCAGUUUUCAGUGAAAAAGGCUGCUCAAAUAUUCAAGUUUACCUACACUUUUUCAUUGUAAAAUUUAUUUCGAUAUUGAAUUGCUAAGCUUAUUUGUCAAGUUGGUGUGAUAAUUGCAAAUUUGGUUUUAAAAAAAAGGCAUUUUGGUAAGUAAAAAUAUUUACUUAGUGUAAAUUGAUAUCUGGGUAAUUGAUAAUGUGAUUUUUACGAGUCUGAAGGUUUAGAAGUACAUACAUAGGUUUAUUUGAUUUAAUGAUAAUAUGACAGAUACUUUAAAAAUUUAGAAAAGUUUCUAUUACUCUAUAAAAUUGAGGAAUUGUUUAUUUAGGUUUAAUUAUGAUAAGUAUUUAUUUUCUAUUUAAACAUUAACAUUAUAUAUUUUCGUGGGAUGGUUUCAGAAACAAUGUAUAAAUUUACAUACAGGGCGCACUAAAGAAAAUUUCCUAUGGAAUAACAAAACACAAUCAAUCAAAAAACAAUCUGAUUUUACGUCCAUGAAUAAAGUAACAUUCCAAAUCUAAGCAAAAUUCAUCAAUUUAAAAUUUUAUAAGAAAGUGUCAGCUGACCCGCAGAAGGCACCUUCUAAUCUUUCUACGUCAAAAUUCUCUUUUCAAAAGAAGUUGGGGACAAAAUAAUGCCUGGGAAUCCCAGUGCAGGACAUUGCAAUCAGCAGUGUUAAAUUUACCUUGAAAGACUUCUGACUUGGGCAGGGAUUGGAAACCUAUAGAUUAUUUUCAUGAAAUAAAUAACUACUAUCUACCUAUUAAUGUUUUUUUGAUGUGAUGUAUCCAAUCUCUCCACUAUUAAAUAUGUAAUUUGGUGUUGAAAAAUGUUAAACUUUUAGAAAUAGAUUUUUAAUACUGAUUUAUUAGUGAUUUAUUUUUCUAAAAUGUAUGUAUUAGUUAUUACUAUAAAUAUUUUAACCAAAAUUAAUUUAGCAGUAGGUACCUACUAUUUUUUGUAUCUGUAAAAGGAUUGUUUAGUGUUUAUAUGUGUAUAAAUAAUUGUUAACUGACAAUUUAAAUAAAC